UCACGUAUUAUAUAUUGUGCUGUAUUUGGCAAUUGUAUAGAAAAGCUCCAUAAUUUUGCCGGAUCAUGUAGUUAAAUAUACCCACAAAGAAUAAUAUUUCCUAUUAUAUCUGCCAUAACUAUUCGACGGUUUUUAUUGAGAAAUCAGCGUGUACGUGAUUGAUAAUAGAAUACGAUAAGACGUCAUUAUCUGAAUAUUUUGAAUUGAAUUGAACGUUGCUAGGAAGUCAGAGAACAGAUCUUCGUGAGCCGCGAGUGACAAAGGAGUUAUUAGAUCUGCUGUGACAAAAUGUUGUCGAUUACCGGAAAAUAUCAACAUUACAAGAAUGAGGCAAUUGAUGACUACUUCAGUGCCGUUGGUGUGCCAUACAUGGCGCGUAAAAUGAUGUCUAUGUCAUCACCAGCAAUGGAAAUAGCCGUAGAAGGUGAAGAAAUGACAAUCAAGAAUAUCUCAUUAAUGAGGACUGUUGAAAACAAGUUUAAAUUUGGAGAAGAGUAUGAAGAACAUAUGCCUAACACAAUUCUUAAAAGUGUAACAACAAAAAUUAAUGACAAUCAAUUGGAAACUAAGUCAGUGAUCCCGGAUACAGGGAUUACCUGUGGCAGACUCUAUGAGUUCAAGGAUGAUGAGUGCGUUAUUACUCUGACCCACUCAAACGCGAAAACUCCUGCAAAACGUUAUUUCCGCCGAGUAAAGUAAAACUGGACUACUUAAAUAAAUUCAUUUGCAUAUA